CUCGUGAGCUGUGGUCGUCUGUUCACGUUCGGCCCCCGCAGCUAAACAAAUGGCAGCACAAUGUGUGACAAAGGUGGAGAUGUCAAUCUCUUGCAACAAUCUGUUGGAUAGAGAUGUUGGUUCAAAGUCAGACCCACUCUGUGUGCUUCUCCAGAAUACAAGUGGGCAGCAGUGGUACGAGCUUGAUCGCACAGAAAGGAUUAAGAAUUCCCUGAACCCAAAUUUUUCCAAGAAAUUCCUCAUUGAUUACUAUUUUGAGCUUGUUCAGAAGCUCAAAUUUGGAAUUUAUGACAUUGACAAUAAAACCAUUGAUCUGAAUGAUGAUGACUUCCUGGGAGAAUUUGACUGUACUCUUGGACAAAUAGUCUCCACCAAGACACUAACAAGACCAUUAGUUUUAAAAAAUGGCAAGCCUGCUGGAAAAGGAAGCAUUACGAUUACAGCAGAAGAAGUAAAAGAUAACAGAGUGGUCUUAUUGGAAGUAGAAGCAAGGAAACUAGACAAUAAGGAUUUCUUUGGGAAGUCGGACCCAUAUUUGGAAUUCCACAAGCAAACGUCAGAAGGAAACUGGGUGAUGGUUCACAGAACAGAGGUUAUUAAGAACAACCUGAAUCCUGUUUGGAGGCCCUUUAAAAUAUCUCUCAAUUCUCUAUGCUACAGUGACAUGGAGAAACCAAUUAAGGUACAGUGCUAUGACUAUGACAACGACGGAUAUCAUGACCUCAUAGGCACUUUUCAAACAACAAUGUCAAAGCUGAAGGAGGCAUCGCGGUCCUCACCAGUUGAAUUUGAAUGCAUCAAUGAGAAGAAAAAACAAAAGAAGAAAAGCUACAGAAACUCUGGAAUUGUGAGUGUAAAACAUUGUGAGGUUAUAAUGGAAUGCACAUUCCUUGAUUACAUCAUGGGAGGAUGUCAGCUGAAUUUCACUGUGGGAAUAGAUUUUACAGGCUCCAAUGGUGACCCUCGCUCCCCAGAUUCCCUGCAUUACCUUAGCCCUAAUGGAGUUAAUGAAUACCUGUCAGCCAUUUGGUCCGUGGGAAUGGUUGUUCAGGACUAUGAUACAGAUAAGAUGUUUCCAGCCUUUGGAUUUGGUGCACAGAUUCCUCCUUCCUUUCAGGUGUCACAUGAGUUUCCAUUAAAUUUUAACCCCUCAAAUCCAUUCUGCAAUGGAAUACAAGGCAUUGUUGAAGCGUAUCGGGCCUGCCUUCCACAAGUAAAACUAUAUGGACCAACAAAUUUUUCUCCAAUAAUAAACCAUGUGGCAAAAUUUGCUGCUGCAGCUGCACAGCAGCAGACAGCAUCUCAAUAUUUUGUGCUCCUUAUCAUAACGGAUGGUGUGAUAACAGACCUUGAUGCAACUAGAACUGCCAUAGUAAAUGCUUCAAAGCUUCCAAUGUCCAUCAUCAUUGUUGGUGUUGGAGGAGCUGACUUCAGUGCCAUGGAGUUUCUUGAUGGUGACAACGGAAGUCUCAGGUCUCCAUCAGGAGAGCCGGCUAUCAGAGACAUUGUCCAAUUUGUUCCAUUUAGGAAGUUCCAGAACGCUCCAAAAGAAGCUCUGGCUCAGUGUGUACUGGCAGAAGUGCCUCAGCAAGUGGUGAACUACUUUAACACAUACAAACUGCAGCCUCCCAAGAAUCCUGCAGCAAAGUGAGAGCUCUGAGUGGAAGAGACGAGGCUAACCUGCUUGCAGUUCCUGUGCCUCCUGCGUGAGCUGUAUCAACAGACUUUUGCUUGAUAUUCGCUUUAUACAUUCGUACAUGUUAAUGUUUGUGUCAACUUUCUCAUGGAAUCCGUGUGCUUUGCCAACAUUUUAUAUUUGAGAUAGACAGGUAUUCUGUUUAAUCCCCAUUACAAAUUAUAGUUAAGGCCUCAGAUGGGCAUGCUUUAGAAAAUAACAUUUGUCAAGAAUAAGCUGAAUAUAAUCGACAAUAAUACAAUAAUGAACUAAUUGUAUCAACAGAUUGGGUGUGGAACACUUGCUUUGUGUUGCAAUGCCCAUGUAAUAUUGCCAUCAAGCUAGUCCACUGUGCCUUGUUGAGUAUCACCCCAAUAUACCAUGAUUUUUCAGUGGUGUAGACAGAGCAUUUGUUUACAUGAAAGGACACAUGCUGGGAUGUAUGUGCACUUCAGCGCUUUGACUGUUGUGACUGUCAUAGCUCAUGUACAAACUCCCAUAAAACAAGUUUGCUCACCGUACACAAAAUAGCAGCUAAAUUUAGGUAAUGCAGAGGUAGAUCUUUAAAGAUACCUUUGCCCACUACCUCCUGAAUUUUUAUUAUCUUGAUCAUUUGGGGGAUUCUGGACCACUUUAAUAUUAGUUAAAUUGAUGAAACAGUAAAUGUUAAAACUAUUGUAUAGUUUGCAGCUUAUAAUUGUGCUGCUAUAGAUGCAACCAGCUGCCUAAAGUAACGGUAACUAACUGUCUAACCAGCAUUUCAAAACUAAUUCAACUGUUUGCCUCUAAGUAAUGUCGACCUGACAGUGUAAAUUUUAUACAGAUCUCGACACACUUGACAGUGUAGAGUGCUGGAAAACUACAGGUGCAUAUCACUUCUUUUAUCUACAACAAUAAUGAGGCUAAUUAUCGACUCUGGUUACUAUUAAACUCGGUUGCUAAAUGGGAAGGAUAAGAGUUUUCCCUUUUUAGUAGAAGUAUUGUUUGAUUUGUAAUUACAUAUUAUCAUACAAAGACAAUUUUUUUGAAAGUGCUCAGGAAUAUAUCUUUCAUUGAUAUCCUUUUACCUUUUGUUGAGUUGGUCUGGCAUUGUUCAUGCUUUCUAGUUGAAGUGUAUGGUCUCAAAAAGAUGUUAAUUUUCCAUACAGUGUCUCAUGGAAGACUCCGAACUCCAUAUAAUCCUGUGAGUCAUAUUGCUCUUUUAGAGUUCUCUGUUCUUUAGGUUUGGGUUUUGCCUUACCAUUUUUUUUUCUUGUAGAAAUUGGAACUGAUUUUUUUUUUCCAUAUAGGAACUGAAAAUCCAUUCUGCUUUUCUCAAGUGGACAGCUAGAAUUUUAACACACCCCACUUGCACACUUGGUACCAACUCAGGCAACUCUUUUUGAUAUUACCAGUAUAUAUAAUACACAGUUGAAAUAAAACACAUUUUCAUCCCUUUCCAAAAUGUCCAUUUUGAACAUUAAUUUUUUGUAAUGAAGUAUCUGAAAUCAGCUGGAUUGAGGGCAGAGCCCCUUUGAUGAGGACCGAGUUGUAAACUCAUGAUGACCUGGAGCGCAUGUAGACUAACUGAACAUUCAGAUCCAUACAAUAGCCUUUCUUACUUGCUAGGUGAUGUACACAGGCCCCUCCUACCUGUUGGAACCUCUGUAUUUUGAUCUCCUUCAUCGUAUGGCUGCAAUGCCCUCUGUCUCACUUUUGUGUGCACGUUUUUCUGGUUUAUGUGCAUGUAUCACUAUUAUCUUACCAUGCUGUCUUGCACAGUUUGUGAAACAACCAAGAUUGGUUGUAGAUGGUUAAGUAGAAUGUUUAAUUAAUAUGAAUGAUGUGAUUAUCUUCUAUCACAGAUGUUCCCAUAUACUGGUUCAUGUUAAGCCAAGUUCUACCUUUCUGUCUUAAUUUGAAUUUGAAUUUUUGCUUACAGUAUUGCCUUUUGUCAGUGUGGUCAAAAUAAAUUGCUACUCUAUAGGGACAGUAAUUAAUAUUGGGCACAGCAAAGUAUUAAAAGCAAGAAAGCAGCCAGCAGUAAACCUUAGUUGUACAGUUACAAAUUCAUAGGAGAUGUAUUCAUAGAAGUAAACUACUUCAAGUCCACAUGUGCCAGGUAGAGAGACCACUAGAGAGUGUUUGGGGGUUUUUUAAAGCAAAGGUCACUGAAAAGUGUACUAUAGUAUAGAAUAUGAUCCUUUGGUCCUCUCAGAUAUGUACCAGAAGGAUGGUGAAGUAGAUUCUGCUGCACUCUGAAGUAUUCCUUGACUGUUGCUUUGGUAGUAACAUGGAAGUACUAGUCACAUCUGCAGAACUAGUGUAUCUAACUUCUAAGUAAUGACUGUGCAUUAGGAUUAAAUCUGGUAUCUUUUUAAGCUACAUGUGCACAUUCCCAGUUUCUAUGGUGAAGAAACUUUUUGCAGUUCUUGUACUAAAGGACAGGCUAGUAAUAAUUGUCAGAUUGUAUCUGAAAGCAGGAUAGAUUUGCACUGUCCCUUGCUUCCCCUUUGCUCCCUGUCAGAGCUUCAGUACUUAUUGCAUUUUCUUUCACAGUGCCCAAAGGGAGGGAAUCCUGUAGUUCCUGGGCUUUUGAAAUUCUCCUUUUAUCUUAAUGUAUUAAAAAUCAAAUGACAAAGUACAUGUGGCCUUUCUCUAACUUUCAGAUUGUAGGGACUGGAGUAAAGUUCCUGAGAGGGAGGGAGGAUGCAUCAUGUGUUCACUCUAGUUCUUGUAUUUUAAAUGCAUCAUCUGCUUUAAUGGAUUAAUAUUGACAAAACAAUUGUAUAACUGGAUUUAACUUUCUGCUUUUCAGAGUACACGUGUUUGUAGCUCAAUAGCACCACCUUGUGAUGCAGGUUAUGUAAAGCAGUUUUCACAAUCGAAGAUGUGUGUUUUUUCCAUAUUUAAUGUUUGCUGAGCUAUGCAUAUGUACAGUGGCAAAAUAUUGUAAUGACCAGAUUUU